CGAAGACAUAUACAGCAGUCUGCCGGCACGGCGUGGGCCAGAGACAUGCCAUCGGUAUCGACAAUGCACUCACCAAUCUGGCUUCCACCACAAGUUGGCUCCACCGCUCUUCGACCCUUGGAACUCCGCCUGCUGUCUGUCCAAAUUGAACGCAAUCCCCGCUGGACCCGUCGGCUUCCGCCUCCGCUUUGCCUUCCUCGUUGACACAUUAAGGGCCUCCAGCGAGCGGGACCGAUGCCUCGGUUGGUCCUUGCCGUCGGGUGAUGUGACUGUCUUGUGCACCAGUGUGCUGGUCACCACCACCUUCUUGUCUUCAUCGCGAGAGGCGAGACAGAAGCUGGCAAAGCUUUGCUCAUCUCUCUGGUAGCCCCCGGCUGUCGGAAUUGCCAGAACGAUUGGUUGAUCCGCAAUUUGAAGGGAUGCUGGUACGCUGGGGCUGUUCAAGGGCGUCGCCGUGUUUCUGCAAGGGAUGGCCUGCCUGCCACCCCACACACCACACCACACCGACGUCCGCUGACACGAAAGCCGGCCUCAAAUGCAUGGUCUCACCCACUCACUCACGUGUGUUGUCUUGUUUGUUGGUGCAAUCUCUGUGCGUGUCUCCAGGCCCCCUGAAUCCGCCUGGCUGCCCUGUCAUAGAGCACCCAUUGCCGUUGUGGGAACCACCUGCGCCAGAAUGUCUACAUGACCGACACACAGCACACGAAACGAACAUACAAUGUCAUGCUGACCAGUGUACCGUACGGACAGCUAGAGCACGUACUCACUCAGACACGUACGCACAUACCAUACACAGAUGGGCUAGGCUAACACAGAUCCAUACGUGUAUCAGUAUACAUACCUGUAUUUUCGCCGCCGCCCCAUGUUCGUGUCUCAGCAGAGCUGCAUUACAUGCCGUGAUCAUGUCGUCCAACUGCCACUCAAGCUUCAGAGACAAGUGUCUCGCCCUGACCUCGGACACCUGGAACCUUUCGCUGCAGAGACGGAGAUACAAGUGUCGAGCCAACAUGCCGCGGACGUGUGCCUGCACAAACAACACAAACAAGACCAUCUGUGUGGGCUCCCUUGUCCCUGGCUACUUUGCCACUUGUAUGCAUGUCGCUGCUCGAUUCAGCUCCCUGUGUGUGUGCCCGAGCCCGAGAAAGAAGAGAAGAAUAGGCACCAUUUGCAUACGAGACAGUCGGGCGACACCCUUUGCCCUCCUGCUUUAAGUCUACCUUCUUCGGUGUUUGAUGAGGUGAAGCGAGCGCUCGAAUCGAUUGACCCUCUCACGGACGCCAACGAUCUUUCUCGCCAUCGCGGACCUCACCCACUUAGAAGAGAGUUCCUCGGCAGACAGCCUUGCAAUUUGGCUCUUUAUCAGCUGUAUUCUUUCAUGAGAUGCCCUCAGCUGAUGCCCCUCCCCUCUCCGCUUCGGCUUGUCCUGUUGUUGCGGUUCCAGUGAGAUUCGUGGCGUCUCCCCCGUCUCCCCAUGGUUUUGUCUCGUUUCUGAAUCAUUGACGUCGAACACCUGGGGACCGAAUGUGAAGGAAUGGCUGAAUGCAGCAGCAGCAGUGGGGGCUCCUCCGGAGGACGGACGACUGGAGUAGUCCACAGACGGUGCAUGAGUGGCGACGGGACUGCUGGGCUUCUUGGCAUGGGACCAUUCUUCACUGUUUCGAGAGGAUGGAAGGCGAAAGUACCCAAACUCAGCCGUCAUUUUGCGCUUUGCCAGCAAUGG